AUGGAAUCUGAUAAAGUUGAGAAAGUCUUAGAUCUCGAUGAGAAAUUCUCCAAGAUUAGGUCUCAUAUGAGAUCAAAGUUGGAUAAUCAGAAGCAUAUUGCGAUCAUUUUGUCCGCUGUGGAAGAGAAUAUGGAUGAACAACAUGCUCCCAGCAAGAAUGUUGUCAAUUACUUUAUAUCAUUUAUGUCCUUAGUGGACCAGUCUAUUGACGAAAAUACUAAAGAAAUAAAAGAUCUGCAAUUAGCAUCAUCGUCAAUAUAUUUGUUGGACUUACUUUUCCCACAUAUCCCAAAAAAACUACUUAGAUCGAAGUUUGGUGAACUAUUAACUAAAAUUGCCCCAUGUAUUACUGAUAGUGCUGCUACUCCUGCAUUAAUUAGGUCUUCCAUUGGUUGCUUAGAAUCUCUACUAAUAGCACAGGAUUCUCAAUGUUGGAACAAUGAGAAGGAAUUAUCUGUUAAUCCAAUCACAGGGUUAAGUGGUUUGUUAGAAUUAUCUCUAGAUUCUAGAUCAAAGAUUCGGAAGAGAGCACAGGAAGCUAUCGCAAACAUUUUGAAGAACCCACCUCCUUCUCCUACUGCGGAGCAUAUUGCCUCGCCUUUGGUGGGUAACUUCGUUGUUAAAUCAUUGGCUGGUAUUAUUGAUGAAAUAUCUAAUCUUUCAAAUAAGAAGAUGAAAGCGAUGAAUGGAGCCGAUGAGCUGCAUGCUAAAAGUAUACACAUAUUGCAACUGAUUUCUACUAUUGUAUCUGUGAAACAGUGGCCGUCUCUACUGACAGAACAGUUGUGUGAUCUUUUGCUUGAAGUUUCGAAGUCCUCUAACGAAUUCCUUGUCUCGAAAGCUUUUGGUUGCUUUGAAGUGCUAUUUCAAGUUAUGGCAGAAUCUAGUGUCUCCUCUGGUCUUGCUGAAGAUAAGUUUUUGACCGUGUUGGACAUAAUUUUUUCAUUAAAACCAUCAAAGGCUGACAUAAAUAUUGCAGUUGCAUGGAUUGCAGUUGUAGCUAAGGGCAUUACUACUUAUGCAUCUUAUCAACCAUUGAAAUGUAUGAUUAAGCUACCAGAAAUUUUUGACAUACUCUCGUUCUACUUAUCGAGUGAGACGCAGGAAGUCUAUUUCAGCGCUUCGCAGUGCAUGAUCACAAUCAUCAGAAAUGCGAUAAGGGAUGAGUUGUUACUGUAUCCACCAUCAGUUACUGAAGAAAUUUAUGAAAAUGUCGAUGAUAUUAUAUCUACGUUGGCAGAAAAGUUCACCAGUUACUUGUCAAUAGGUUACACCCAUUGUGCUAAGGAAAGCCUUCAAAUUUUAGUUGCCGCCUUUAAGAAGCUAAGAUACAGAUGCAACCCAGAUUUCAUUAAACCACUCGAGAUUGUCGGUGAAUGGAGAACAGAUGAGGAGAGGUACUUAGAUUUUAAAGCUGAAUCCGAGCAUGUCAUAGGUGCUGCAAUACAGGCGAUUGGUCCUGGAGCUGUAUUAGGUUGUUUGCCAUUGAAUUUAGACAGUCAGUGUAACAGCAAACCAGGCAGAGCAUGGCUGCUGCCUUUAAUAAGAGACCAUACAAAGCAUAGUGAGUUGUCCAUAUUUGUAAAACAACUUAUGCCAUUGAUUGAACACUUUGAAUCCAGGUGCAUUAAUCUUGAUAAAGAAUCAGUAACACUUAAAUUAUACCAAACAAUUAUUGACCAGCUUUGGUCGACUUUGCCACGUUUCUGUGAAUUACCAACAGAUUUGAGAGUUUCAUUUACAGAUGAGUUUGCCUCCAGUUUGUCUUCUACUAUGUACUCGAAAGUGGAAUUGAGAACCGUUAUUUGCAAUUCUCUGAAAGUCUUGGCUGAAAGUAACUCGUUACACUUAAAUGGUACACAGGGUGAUGAUCUAUUACUAAACCAACAGGUCCCUCCUAGUGAAACUAAACUGAACAUUGAAUACUUAUCCUCUAAAGCCCCAAAAAUUUUGGCAGUAUUGUUUAACAUAUACACGAAUACUGCUCCAAAUGCGAGGGGCUACAUUAUAGAGGCAAUUGAAGCAUACUUAAAUAUUACACCAGCUGACGAGUUGACAAAAACCUUUAAUAAUGUGUGCUCUUUGUUAAAGAAUGCCAUGGAUGAAGAGUCCUCUGCAAAAAAGUCUCGUGGAAAGGUCAACCUUAGUGCAACAUUAUUGGACAUCGUUGUGGCUAUGACUGCCUUUGUUCCUGCGUCUUCAUAUCCUGCAUUGCUCAGUAUAUUUAGCACAACAGUGAACUCAUCAGACGUUUUAACUCAAAAAAGAGCUUAUAGAAUAAUUGCCACUCUAACAAAAUUGGAAAAUGCCUCAAACGCUGUUAACUCUUACGUUUCUGAUAUUGAAAACGUUAUUUUAGAUGCUGCGAAAUCUGUUCAAACAGCAUCCAAAGCUUCUCGAUUGAUUGCAAUUAAGACUUUAAUUGAAAUUCUUCCUUCUGAUCAUCUUCAAUUUAUUGUGAAAGUCGCACCUGAAGUCAUUCUAUGCUGUAAGGAUGUUAACGAAAAGUCUAGAGAAGCUGCAUUUGGCUCUCUUAUUGCAAUGGGGAAGAAAAUGGCCGAUCCAAACGGUGUUAUUAAAUUGUCAACAAUUUCAGGAUAUGAUCCAAAAACUCCUGAUCAACCAUCAUCGAUAUCAGAGCUGUUCAAAAUUAUAUCCGCUGGUCUGAUCGGUGAAUCUCAGCAUAUGGUUAGUGCGACGAUUGGUGCAUAUUCAUGCUUAUUCUUUGAAUUUAAGGAUGCAGUUGAACCAUCCAUGUUAAUGGAAAUCUAUGACACUAUUGAGCUAUACAUGACCUCUAAUUCAAGAGAAAUUGUUAAGAGUGCAAUUGGUUUUUGUAAGGUGUGUUGUUUGAGUUUACCGGACGAGUUUAUGAGACCGAAAGUUCCUGCAUUGUUACCAAAGUUGUUACGUUGGUCACAUGAACAUACUGGUCAUUUUAAAGCAAGGGUGAAGCAUAUCAUUGAAAGACUAAUCAGAAGGUUUGGUUAUGAUUUUGUAGAGGCAAACUUUCCUAUUGAGGAUAGGAAGCUUCUGACGAACAUUAGAAAAACCCGUAAUAGGAACAAGAGAAAGGCAGCAGAGGAUUCAGAAAACGCUAAUGCUACAGCAGUUUCAUCCACAAAGAGUUCUCGUUUCAGUUCCGCUUUUGAUGAGGCAAUUUACGAGUCGUCCGAAGACGAAAGCAGUGAUGAUGAAAAUGCGCAAACCAAGAAGAAGCACUCAAAGCAAUAUAUUGUUGAAUCUAAGGAUACACCACUGGAUCUCUUAGAUAGUCAGGCUUUAGCGCAUAUAUCUUCAACGAUACCCAAGAAAUUUAAGAAGCAACAAAAAGGCAGAUCUAUCGAAGACUCUACAUUUAGCUUUGACGCGGAAGGUAAAUUAGUGGUUAAAGAUUCAGAACAAGGCUUGGAAGACGAUCCAUUGUCUUCUAUCACUAGUGGGCUCAAUUCAUACCUUGAAGCAGUAAAGAAUGGUCCUAUAAAGGGCCAGAAGGGUAGGCUAAAGUACAAGAAAGGUAAGCGAUCCGGUAACGAUUCUGAUGAUGAUGUUGCAGAAGAUUUCGAUUUGCCAAAUAGGUCAGCUACUACUAAUAGUAAAAUUGGAAAGAAGAAGGGCAUGUUCAAAAACAAAAGAAAAUUGUAA